AUGGCUCGUCAACGCGAAUACACCGAACUCUCUCCACAACCGCAUCGGGCGCAGCCAAUCGGCGGCUAUCAAACAUCAGCCACCUGGGCAUACACAGACCACAGUGUGCACUCAGGCCAAAGGUUCCCAUCCCCACCAAACACGCACCUGCACCCGCACCCAAAAGAAAUGGGACAUGUGCACCCGCACCCCUCGGAGACUCUGCUGGCCGGGUACGCGGGUUACCGGACAGGCGCACCUGAAGCGGAAAUUCGGACCGCCCGUACGGGCGACGGGACAACCGCGCGAUUCAGUAUGGAUUUUGGUAGGGCAAGGGAUGGUACGGGGGGCAUGCAGCGGUGGACUGGCCACGACCCGAUUCUAAAUAUAGACCCGAUCCUGAAUCCUGACCCGAUUUUAAAAAAGGGAUCGGGUUCGAAUAGGACACUCCGCCGCAACCAGACCGAAUCGGAUGUUUAUACGAGAACGAACGCACUCACGCGAUCGCCCCUACACACUACAGAGGAAGAACCAGACACCAGGCGACCGGUGUCAGUACAAGCACAUCGGCACACAGAGGAUACAGACGCACAGUCCGGUGACGAGAUUCAGUUCAACCGCCCACAUCUGCGCACGGACGGAGUGAUGGACAUGGCCACACUGACUGCGUUGCGCAAUCUCGUGGACAUGCACGCCAGACGGCUGAAG